GGUGGAGGAGGGAAUGAGGGAAGGGGAAGUUGGUGAGGGAGGCCUCUGGGACCAGAGGCAGAGAAGAGCGGCAGCGAGAGACACCAGCUUGCCUGUCUCCCUCCUCCACCGGCACUGCUGCGGGAUGAGCCAGUCCAGGGACUUGCAGGGAGGAAAAGCUUUCGGACUGCUGAAGGCCCAGCAGGAAGAGAGACUGGAUGAGAUCAAUAAGCAAUUCCUGGAUGACCCCAAAUAUAGCAGUGAUGAGGAUCUGCCCUCCAAACUGGAAGCCUUCAAGAAGAAAUACAUGGAGUUCGACCUGAAUGGGAAUGGAGAUAUUGAUAUCAUGUCCCUGAAGCGAAUGCUGGAGAAACUUGGGAUUCCUAAGACCCACCUGGAGCUAAAGAAAUUGAUUGGAGAGGUGUCCAGUGGCUGUGGAGAGACAUUCAGCUACCCUGACUUUCUCAGGAUGAUGCUGGGCAAGAGAUCCGCCAUCCUAAAAAUGAUACUGAUGUAUGAGGAGAAAGCAAGAGAACAGGAAAAGCCAACUGGUCCACCAGCCAAGAAAGCUAUCUCUGAGCUACCUUGAUUUUGGGGGGAGGAGAGAAUGUGCAGUGGGAUUAAAGGGGCUUCUAAUGACCCCAUGGAAAAAGAAGACAAAAUUGUGAGCCAGUCGAACUAAAUUAAAUAAAUUAUCAUCUCCUUCCAGACGAA